AUGGUGGUCUCCAGUCUCAACGAAACCAUUAAUGGGACUGUCUUCGGUGCCUGCCAUGAAGGAGCUGCCAUUGAAGGAUUCUGUCGGGCUGGUACUAUUGACGACGCCCCUGAGCGAUACACGACCUUUUACCACAACACUUCAGACACGACGAACUCAAGUACCGACAAUCCCGGAGUCCUGAGCUACGACUUCUACUACUCCGAGAAUCCGACUAUGAUGGUCCCCUCAGCCAUGACUCUUUCCUCUCUCCCUACGUCGGAUACCGCCAUUCCCAUCAUCUACCCGGACAAUACCACAACGACAUAUGUUAGCUUCGAUGAAUGUGGAUCCAUGUAUAUUGGAUCAUACACGGACGACCGAACCUCCCCACCCUCACAUGAAUUCUUAAAAGUCUACAAUUGGUAUCUGUGUACGACCUACUAUGCCUACACAUACACCACCCUUGCUUGGGCUAUGGGUGGUGUUGGUGCUACUCCCCAGAACCCGACCUGCCAGAAAAUAGAUGUGAAGAGAGUUUUCAUCUGA